AUGAAGAUCAGCAAGGUCGAGGCCGACUAUGGCGAUGCCAUUACCAUUCAGCUGACCAAGAACGUUUGGGUUGAUCACUGCGAUUUGUCUGCCACUCGUGAGGGUGUUGAUAAGGAUUUUUACGACGGCCUGACCGACCUUUCCCACGCUGCUGACUGGGUCACCGUUUCGCACACUUACUUCCAUGACCAUUCCAAGGGCUCUCUGGUGGGACAUUCCGACAACAAUGCUGCUGAGGACACCGGAACUCUGCGUGUCACUUACGCCAACAACCACUGGUACAACGUCCGUAGUCGUGGCCCUCUUCUGCGUUUCGGAACUGCCCACAUCUACAACCAAUACUAUAACAGCAUGGAUACUGGUCUAAACUCCCGUAUGGGUGCUCAAGCUCUCAUCCAGAGCUCUCUAUUUGAAAACGUCGGCAAGAAAGCUAUCUUCUCCGAGUCUAGCAAGGAAGUCGGCUAUGUCGUCGCCAUCGAUGUUACACUUACGGGCGAGAGCGCAAACACGGCACCUGUCGGCAAGCUUACCGCCAGCAGCCCUCCUUACGCGUACUCACUUUUGGGAUCCGGCAACGUCAAAGCCGCUGUUACCAAAGAGGCGGGCCAGACUUUGGGUUUCUAG